CCCACCGCGUCCAGCGACAAGAGCCAGUACUUCGACGCCCCCAUCAUGCACUUCUUCUCCAAGUCCUCCAAGUCCUCCAAGUCAGACAAAGAUGACAAAGAUGACAACGAAGACACGCCUGUCGCCCCUUCCACUCAGCCUGAUGGCAACAACGACCACACACAACAUCCUAUCGACGGGCUCCCCACUGUAAAUGGCGCCAAUGGUACUACCCCUCCCAUGUCCCCGCAGUUGGAGUCGCCCCGCCCUGUAGGCGUCCAGCUCCACGACGACCCCGUUCAUAUGCGGCCUGCCUCGGACGUUGGCAGCGCCGAAGGCGGCAGCGCGGUCAGCCCUACGACUUCUACCGGCAAACGCGGUUCUCGCCUCUCGCGCUCCUACGCCGCCUCCCAGCGCGAAUCAAACGCCACAAAGACCAACGGGACCGCAUCCCCACCCUCGUCCCCCAAACCCCAGCCGAACGGCACCGACCACGACCUCGCACGCGCGCCCUCUCUGCGCUCGCUCCCCGCCGAAGACGACAACGCGGGCAACACCGCGCUUGGGAGCGGCGGCACCGCGCCCUCUGGCUUCGGGUUCGGGAACCCGCGCGCGAACAACGGCACGGGUGGGCACACGAGCAAGCUCAGCAAGCGCGGGUCCGUGCGCAGCCGUCGCAGCAUGCGCUCGACGGGCACGACGGGCAGUGUCGCGACCGCCGCGUUCAGCAACGGCGCGGCGCUCAGCGGGCCGAACGCGGAGCCGGACAUUGACGAGGAUGUGCGCUUCAGGGGGGCGAACGCGGAGCGGUCGCUCAGUCAGAAGGUGAAGCGGAAGAUUAGCAAGGACGAGCGCAAAGAAGCAAAACGCUUCUCCAAGCUUCUCGCCAAAGAGUCGACGUCCGAAAAAGCCGCGCUCGCCACCGCGCUUUCAACCCUCGCCUCCCUCCAAGCGCUGCACAAGGCCGCGCAGAAGCGCGAAUCCAAGGCCUCGGCUGACUACGCUAAAGCGCUCGCGGUCUCUCAGGCUGCGGAGAGCAAGUACCACGAGGAGCGCGCGCGCCAGGCGGACAUCAAGGCCCGUGCAGACGCGCGCGUCGCUGAGGAGAGGGCGCGGUGGGAGGGACGCCUGGCGCAGGUGCAGGCGCAAGAGGAGCGUGCGCAGGCGGAGAUGGAGACUAUGCGAGAGAUGGAGGACAGGUUGGCGGAGUGCGCACGGGAGGUUGAGAGGUUGAGGAUUAUCAAGGGGACCGAUGAGCGCGAGAGGCAAGCUCGGAUGAUCGAGCUCAAAGGCAAGAAAUAGCUAGCCAUGUUUAUGAACUUAUCUUUCUUUAUGUUUUCAUCAUAUCACACACUUCAAAGGUUUUACUGGAAGAGAACGAUGUUUCAUAGCUUUGUUGCAUCUUUGUUUUCGUUGGCUACUAAUGUACUUGACAUAAUUCAAUACCUCCUUUCCUACCUUGUGUUCCUCCUUCCCAUUUAUCUGGCCGCUACCGUUUUCUCUCGAUGCAUUCAUUCUGGGGUUUCUUCUGUCGAGUACAUGUCAUUAUUAUGCCUGUAAUUGGGGUUCAGUUAGC